GCAAAAAGAAAAGGGAAAAAUACAAAGAUUGAAAAAUGAAAUUAAUCAAACAAAUCUAACUUCACUAUACCAUAUACCAUAGCCCACAACUCUCGUUUCCAUCUAUAAGCCUACCCUCCUCCCCUCCCAAACCCUAAUUUUCCCUAUAACACCAAUCCCCAUACAAAACCCUAACUUUAGCCGUCCCACUUUCCUUCUGUCGUCGUUCAUCUCUCUCACUCUCUGGAUCCCUCGUAAACAAAAGAAAAAUGGCAGAAAGAGGCGGAGGAGAACGUGGCGCUUUCAGGCGUGGCUUUGGCCGCGGUGGUGGCAGAUCCGAUCGUGGCCCAAGAGGCAGGCGCCGUGGCCGCAAGGACGAAGAGGAGAAAUGGGUACCCGUGACAAAGCUUGGCCGUUUAGUCAAAUCCGGCAAGAUCACAUCCCUCGAACAAAUCUACCUCCACUCGCUCCCCAUCAAAGAGUACCAAAUCGUCGACCAACUCGUUGGCCCUUCCCUGAAAGACGAAGUCAUGAAGAUCACUCCAGUUCAGAAACAAACACGUGCCGGCCAGCGCACGCGUUUCAAGGCCUUCGUCGUUGUUGGUGAUGGAAACGGACACGUUGGUUUGGGGGUGAAGUGUAGCAAAGAAGUUGCGACGGCUAUAAGAGGGGCGAUAAUACUGGCGAAGCUGUCAGUGAUACCGGUGAGGAGAGGUUACUGGGGAAAUAAGAUCGGGAAGCCUCAUACGGUGCCGUGUAAGGUAACUGGGAAAUGUGGGUCCGUUACGGUUAGGAUGGUGCCUGCUCCGAGAGGUGCGGGGAUUGUGGCCGCUAGGGUCCCCAAGAAGGUCCUUCAGUUUGCUGGGAUUGAAGAUGUUUUUACUUCUUCCAGGGGUUCUACUAAGACUCUUGGUAACUUUGUCAAGGCCACGUUUGAGUGUCUUCUGAAAACUUACGGUUUCUUGACUCCUGAUUUCUGGAGAGAGACUCGUUUCACAAGGUCUCCUUUCCAGGAGUAUACCGAUCUGUUGGGAAAGCCAGUGAAGUCCCUAGUACUCGAAGAUGUGGAGAGAGUGGAUGUAUGAUGUAUGAUGGAAAUUUAGGAGUCAUUGGUAACAUGGGCUUCAAUGCCUUGGUUAGUAAUAUGCAGUUCCUUUUGUGUUGUUAACAGGAUCCUAUUUUCACAUUUUUGCUUGUUUGGUUCUGUGAUGAGAUUUUCAGUAAUUAAUUGUUCAGCAACUGCAGUUUUUUUUUUCUCUAUUUGGAUUCUUUAUAAGAUUGUGGUUUACAUGA